UGCUACUACAACAUCGGCCCGGGCCCCGCCACUAUCCCUCUCUCACUCUGAGCCAAUGAUGCACUCCCCCGUUAACUACGGAGGAACGCUUCUGCGAGGAACUCGAACUGGUCCAUAGGAAUGAUGCCGAGUGCGAGUUUUCUCGUUAAUGCAGGUAUACUACUUGAAGGAGCUGAACGUGUCGUCAUUUCUGGUAUGUCUGGCUGCAAUUUCAUAGGAUCAAGUGGUAUCACGUUAGCAAAAAGAAUGUACAUUUCCUCUUCUAUUCUGCAUCGCUAUGGAUGUCCUGCCUGCUCAAGCUUCAUCUGUGCCUUCCGAGCGCAUAUUUCCAUCCAGCAAAGAGACCUGCACUCUACGGCGCAGUGACUUAUCUCCAACCACGCUCGAAGCACUAAGUAUGAUGUUUUUUACAAGCAAGACUGCCUCAAUUUUACAGAGGACCCUGGUGGCCGACGAGCGGGACUACACAAUAUCUGAACCUGUGGCUCCCGGAGCAGUCGACGAGCUGACGGCUCCUGGGAAUCUUCGCAAGCUUGAGAAUGCAAGGGACAUUGACUGUAAUUAGUAUAUCUGCUGGUCAUGUAUUAAUCACUUGUAAAUAAUGCGGCGGCGGCAUACAGAAUCCCUAGCUUCUCAUAGGCUGAACUUCCGGUCCAUAUCACUUCUGAACUCGUUUCCACGGCGCGAGACAAACGA